AUGGACCUGAUUCUUCGUGUUGAAUACAAGGUAGAGGAGGAAGAGGUUGCGACUCCAAAGACAAAGAAAAGAAGGACUUCCAAAAAAAAGUCCCCUUCAAAGACAAAGUCUGCAGAACCUUCUACCUUGGUGAAAAGAACCAGGUCUACCGUGAAAUGUAGAAAAGUGAAAGUAGUAGAGGAAGAAGAAAGUGAAGAAGAAGAAGACGAAACCGAUGAAGAACAAGACAAGAAGGAGAAGUUUGGUAAAAGAACCAUCUUGAAGGGUAAACUCCUUAGUGACUUGGAAGAGGAAGGCAUGGUCAUGCUGCUGCAAAAACUACAACUGCAGGGUUGGAAGAACAUGGUCUUUCAGAUGGAUAGAAGGCUUGCCAGGGCUGAGAUUGUAGUGUUCAUGGGAAACUGUGAGAUCAGAAAUGGUAGAGUCACCAGUGUGGUAAAAGGAGUGACUGUGAGCUUCGACGACAAGGAAUUGGGAGAGAUUUUAGGUGUUCAUACUGAAGGGUACAAUGAUUACAAAAAGCUCAAAUGGUCAAGUCUGGAGAACCUUCCUACCUCCCUUGCCAUUACAAGAAAGUUUGCUGACAAUGAGUUGGAGUUAGAGGCCAAGGCUGUAUACAAAAGUGAGAUGAAGCCACCUCACAAAGUGCUAUUUGAAUUUGUUAACAAGAGUGGGGCUAAGGAUAUUGAGAAUGAAAGACUGAAGAAGAGGCCGGCUGAAGUAGAAACUGAGAAGGAUGCUCUCAGGGUUGAGCUUGCAAAGGAUAAGGAGAAGAAUGAAGGCAUUCUUCAUGAUAUGUUGCAGCUACUUCAGGCCAGAAACCAAGAACCUAGUCCUUCCCAGCCUUGA